UCUACUGUAGUCAACAGCGAUCGUCAUGGAUCCUCUCUUGAAAAAUCUCAAGAAACAAGUUACUUGUUCAAUUUGUCUCGACACCUACAUCGAACCCAAAACUAUUUCAUGUCUUCACACGUUUUGCUGUGAGUGUUUGGAGAGACAUGCAAGAGUGAGUCAGAGACAAGGGAAAUAUCGAUGCCCCGAGUGUCAGGCAGAAAUCGAUUUGCCAGAAGGAAAUCGCUUCGACCGUUUGCCCAACAGCUUUUUUCACAAAAGUCUGAUAGGUGCCCUUGAAGCAGAAGAUCGUGGAGCUGGGCCGAGGCUGCAACAAGAGACUUGCUCGCAACACAAUGAGGAACGAUUACGAUAUUUUUGCUCCUCGUGUGAAGCGUGUGUAUGUCCAAUUUGCGUGACUGAAGACCACCGAGGCCAUGCGUUUGAAGUGCUUGAAAAAGCAAUGCAAGAGGAUAAGAAAAACAUCAUGUCCAACGUCGAGACCAUCAAGGAAAAGGCAAACUUGUUUCAAGAGGAGAUUAGAAAAUUGGAAAAAACAUCUGGGGAAGUGGAAAUGAUUAUGACAAUCGCUAAACAAGAAGUGUCUGAGGCAGCUGAACACGCGAUCUCAAAGACGCGACAACAAGAAAAACAACUGUUAGAGUCCCUAGAAAUAACGCGUAGGAAGAGAAUCGAGCGAAUCAACUCGGUUAAACAACAACUGGAAUCUCUGGCUAAACAAAUGAACCAAGCAGCUGAGUUUGCGGAGAAUCUGGUGCAGAGAAGCUCAACUGUGGAUAUCAUACAGAACAAAAAUACUUUGAGGGAGAAAUUUGAAGAGCUUCUUGGUGUUAUAAUUCCAAAACAUCGCCAGAAUACAUUUAUCAAAUUUACCGCGGAAUCGCAGCAAAAAUUUAAACUGGGUUCUAUUCAGUUCACCGAGAAACCGGCAAACGCUGCUAAAUCAACUCUGGAAGGACUCCAUCAAGCUUUCCAGGCUGGUGUACAAGCAGAGCUUUUGUUGUGCCCAAAAACAACUGAAGGAGAGAUGAUUGGCCAGGAUGAUCUUAAAGAUAAAAUUGAACUGCUGAUAAAACCCGCCAAAGAUGUAACAAACGUGAAAGUCGAAGACAAAGAUGACGGAAAUGUCAAGGUAAUGUUUACUCCCAAAGUACCUGGGGCCUACAGCAUUGAAGCGAAAAUUAAUGGCGAUAAACUACCUACCUGUCCGAUAACAGUGCAAGUCAAAGAACGUGAACUUGUUGUGGUCGGUGAGUUGAAGCUAAAGCUCUCUCCAGGGGACACGCUUAAAGGAUUAUAUGGAAUUGCUGUGAAUACGAAAGGCGAUAUAGUUGUAACAGAAGAGGGUGGCCACUGUGUUUAUGUUUUUGAUAAAAAUGGCAACUGUUUGGAAAAAAUCGGAAGCAAGGGUCGCAAGACAGGACAAUUUCAUUACCCUAAGGGUAUUUCGUUUCUAAAUGAGGACGAAGUCAUAAUUGCAGAUCAAGGCAAUGAUAGAUUGCAACGACUGAAUAUUCAGACAAGAACUGUGGUGAAAAGUUUUGGAAAAUGCGGUAAAGAAAAAGGAGAGUUUAUGGCUCCACAAUAUGUUACUGUGGAUGAUGAAGAUCGCAUUGUGGUAACCGAGUUUAACAAUCAUAGGAUACAGGUGAUAUCAAAGGAGGGAGAAUCCAUUUUCAUGUUUGGAGACUGCGGCCCGGGGAAACUCUUUUUUCCAAUAUGCUGCAUUCCUUACAAAAACAUGUUUCUCGUAUCUGAUGCCUACAAUCACUGCAUAAAAGCUUUCGAUCAGUCAGGAACAUUCUUAUACAAGUUUGGCACACCAGGGAGUGGAGAUGGACAAUUCAAAUGGCCGCAUGGUUUGCUUGUAGACAGCUCCAAUAAUCUUCUUGUAUGCGACUUUCGCAAUCGUCGAGUUCAGCAGUUUUCUUUAGAUGGUCGCUUCACAGGCAAAAGUAGCACUCGUCAGUUAUCAUCCCCGACUGCGAUAACAACAGCACCAGAUGGGCGUAUUCUUGUGACCAGCUCUGACAAAAACAAAGUGUACAUUUUGAAAUAGACUUUUUUUUAAAAAUGAAAUUUGCUUCUUCAGCCGUUCCUUACCAGUCUGUUUUUUUAAUGUUAAUGCUGUUUUAUCACUUGUCUGGAAGAACUCUUACCGAUAACAUCCAGACUUACUAUUACUCUUAGAGACAAAAACCUUUUGACUUGAAGUACUCAGCCCAAGUCUUUCAAGUUGGUCGGUUGCCUCCUAGCCAUUCAUAUUUCUUCCCGGUUUAUUAAUAUCUUUUUACAUUUUUUUUACACUGAACUAAUGUUCUCUAUUUCUCCUUUAGGUUCGAGGUUAUACUAUGCAACACCGUUAGCGAUUUGAAUUAUCUAUACGAAAAAAUUUUUAGCGGAGAGUCCUGAAAAAUGUCUAGUGUCAAUCAAUCAAUCAAUCAAUCAAUACUUUAUUUACCCACGUAGCGUCAAGGAGUUCAUAGAGCUCGUAACAAAAAAACAUGCAGUAUAAAAACAUGUAACUCACUUGAAUUUUUCUAUGAGCUAAGAAAAUAUAGCUGGAAAACGUUGGGACCAUGUGCUGCCUUUCGCAAUCACUGAUCGAUCAGGAUAAAUUAAGCGAUGGGUAUUUUAAUCCAAGAAGAGAUAUAUGAUAUUUAAGCUUCGAUUGAAGAAAAAUUUACGAUUAUGUAAUUACUAUUUACGAUCGCAUAAGAACAAAUUUAUAAUUUAUCAACGAGUACAAGAAGUGCGGCGACAACUGCUUCUAAAAAUUGGCAUCUACUGAAUAAUUAGGUUAUAAGGAGGUGUUACUGAUUUCCGAACUAAGCUCGAGUGUUAGCUUUAACUGAGUUGAAAACAUAGCCUUCGGUUUUGUCCCAUACAAUAAGGCGCGGAAAGCAUUGAAUAAAUAAGACUUAAAAGUUA